CCCACGGCUCUCAUCGCGCUACAAUAAGAGAUGGCAAGUCCAGCAAAAGCCGUCGUGAUAUCUCUCCCCUUUGACAGCUAGCAACGGCGUACCUCCCAACUUACUAUAUACCCAAAGGUACCAUAAGACACCAGCAUACAGAACGAACAACCAUGGGCGACUAUGCUACUGCCAACGGCCACGGCAACGGCAUUGCUGCUGGGCAGUACUACCAUGCCCAAGCCAUCGAGAGCUCUCACGGCAACGGCACAAACGGCACAAACGGCAAAAACGGGAUCACUUACCUCAACGGCCACGUCAACGGCGCACGGAACUUGAAUGGCGUCUACAACACCACCACCAACGGUAGCUCUGGGUCCGUGUCCAGCAACACACGCACCGACGACGACGACGACGACGACAACUUCCAGGUAGCAAUCUGCGGGAUGGCGCUGCGCCUGCCAGGGGGGCUCUCGACGCCCACACAGCUCUGGGACUUUCUGCUGGCCAAGGGCGACGCUCGCACGCGCGUGCCCGAGUCGCGCUACAACGUGUCGGCGUACUACUCGGCCACGGCCAAGCCAGGCACGGUCAAGACGCAGCACGGAUACUUUCUCGACGAUGCCAGCAUCAACCUCGCCGGGCUCGACGCGUCCUUCUUCAGCAUCCCGCGUGCCGAGCUCGAGCGCGCCGACCCGCACCACCGGCAGAUGCUCGAGGUGGCGCGCGAGGCCCUGGACGACGCCGGCGAGGUGGCCUUCCGCGGCUCCCUCACGGGCUGCUACAUGGGCAGCUUCGGCGAGGACUGGUGCGAGAUGUUUGCCAAGGACUCGCAGCAGCACGGCCUGUACCGUGUCAGUGGCUAUGGAGACUUCAUGCUCUCGGACCGCGUGUCGUACGAGAUGGACCUCCGGGGCCCCAGCAUGACCAUCCGGACGGGCUGCUCGGCCGCCCUGGUGGGGCUGCACGAGGCCUGCCAGGCAUUGCGCCGCGGCGACUGCACCGCGGCCAUCGUGGGCGGCGCCAACCUGAUCCUCGCACCGGGCAUGACGGCGGCCAUGUCCGAACAGGGCGUGCUCUCCCCGGAGGGCUCGUGCAAGACCUUUCCGGCCGACGCCGACGGCUACGCCCGCGGCGAGGCCAUCACGGCCCUGUACAUCAAGCCGCUGCAGGCGGCCAUCCGGGACGGGAACCCCGUGCGCGCCGUCAUCCGGGCCACGGCGACCAACAGCGAUGGCCGGACGCCGGGCAUCUCGUGCCCCAGCGCCGACAGCCACGAGGCCAUGAUAAGGCGCGCGUACAAGGUGGCCAGGAUCCGCGACUACUCGCAGACGGCCUUCGUCGAGUGCCACGGCACCGGAACGCCCAUCGGCGACCCGAUCGAGGCGGACGCCGUCGGCCGCGUCUUUGGCGACCACGGCGUCUAUAUCGGGUCCGUCAAGCCCAACCUCGGCCACUCUGAGGGCGCCUCGGGCCUGGCAUCCUUGAUCAAGGUGGUCCUGGCCCUGGAGAACCAGACAAUCCCGCCCAACAUCAAAUUCAACACGCCCAACCCGGCCAUCCCGUUCCAGGCGAAGAAGCUGACGGUGCCCGUGGACCCAACCCCCUGGCCCAAGGCGCGCCUCGAGCGGGCUGGCGUCAGCGCGUUUGGUAUUGGCGGCGCCAACGGGCACGUCAUCCUCGACUCGGCGCGCCUCUGGCUCCCCAAAGUCAGCGUCGCGCCCGACGGUAAUAAUAGUACGGAGCCGGAAUCGGAGGUCGGGCGCCCAACGCUGUUGGUAUGCUCGGCCAACUCGGCCGAGUCGCUCAAGAAAACCGUCGACAACCACCAGGCCUUUGUCGCCAAGCAUCCGGAGCGGAUCAAGGACGUGGCGUACACAUUGGCCACCAGGCGCGAGCACCUUCCGCAUCGUGCCUAUAUGGUAACCAACAGCGGAAGCACUGCGGGCACUAUAUACCCUGCUGGAAAAGUGGCGCCUACAGGCUCGCCAGCCGUGGUCAUGGUCUUCACGGGCCAGGGCGCGCAGUGGCCGACGACGGGCAAGGAGUUGCUGCAGUCCAACGCCGUCUUCCGCCGCACCGUCAGGGCCCUGAACGAGCACCUACGGACGGUACCGGAUGCACCGAGCUGGACCAUCGAGGAGGAGCUGCUUAAGCCGGGCCCCAAGAGCCGGCUCGACAGGGCUGAGAUUUCGCAGCCCCUGUGCACCGCUGUCCAGAUUGCCCUGGUUGAUGUGCUGUCGGCCAUUGGCGUGGAGGCAGCCGCUACUGUUGGCCAUUCCAGCGGUGAAAUCGCCGCAGCCUACGCCGCCGGUGCCUUAACAGCGGCCGAGGCCAUCUGCACCGCGUGGCGCCGUGGCGCCAUCACCACCACACAGUCGCGCAAGGGUGUCAUGGCAGCCAUUGGCAUGGGGGUGGCCGAUGUCAAGCCCUUCCUCGUGCCCAACGUGACGGUCGCCUGCGACAACUCGCCCAAGAGCGUCACACUAUCGGGAGACGCCAGCGAGGUGGGGGAUGUUGUCUCGCGCAUCCAGAAGGCGCGCCCCGACGUGCUGGCGCGCAUGCUCAAGGUGGACAAAGCUUACCAUUUGCACCACAUGGUCGAGAUCGGCGAGGCCUACUACGCCGCCAUCCGCAAGGACAUUGUCGGCAGGCGCCCAACUAAGCCCUUCUUCUCUAGCGUCACCGGCUCGCUCCUCGGCGAGGGCAAGGUAUUGGACGCAAGGUACUGGCAGACCAACCUCGAGUCGCGCGUGCUGUUCCACUCGGCAGCCGCCAGCAUCAUUGACCACGCCGUCGGGCAGAACGCCAUGUUCCUGGAAUUGGGCCCGCACUCGGCCCUGUCCGGCCCGCUGCGCCAGAUCUUGAACCACAAGUCGAGCUCAGCGCCGUACGCGGCCGCCAUGCUUCGCGGCAAGGACUGCGUCGAGUCGCUGCUCAUCGCUGUCGGUAAGCUCUUCACGCUAGGCGUGCCUAUAGACUUCCACGCGCUGAUGGGCAAGGGCGUGUGCCUGCCGGAUCUCCCGCGCUACCCCUGGAACCACCAGGACAGCUACUGGGGUGAAACGCGGCUCUCGAGGGAAUGGCGCCUUCGAAGAUUUCCCCACCACGAUCUCCUUGGGGUCAAGCUGCCCGAGAGCACCGAGCUCGAGCCCAGCUGGCGCAACGUCCUGCACAUCCAGAACGCUAGCUGGCUGCGCGACCACCUUGUCGAUGAUGAUAUCGUCUUUCCCUGCGCCGCCUACAUUGGCAUGGUCGGCGAGGCCUUCCGGCAGAUAUCGGGCGUGCAGGAAGGCUUUUCGGUGCGCCAUCUUAUCAUCAGCGCCGCGCUGGUGCUUACCGAGGGCAAGCCGGUCGAGAUGAUCACGACGCUGCGGCCACGGCGCCUUACUGAUCAGCUCGAUAGCAAGUGGUGGGAGUUCAGUAUCGCCUCACACAACGGGCACACAUGGGCGAAGCACUGCACCGGCGAAGCUGGGCCGGCAGGCCAGGAGGAAGCGUCGAAGCGGACUGCUGCAAAAACCACGGAGCCCCUCGCCCGCAGCGUCGACAAGGCGCGGUGCUACGACACACUGCGGCGCGCCGGCCUGCACUACGGCCCCAGCUUCCAAACACUCGACGACAUCCGAUCCGGCACGCUUGAGACGUCAGCGACAGCCAGGGUUGUCAACAACAAGAAUGGCGAUGAGGCCAACUACCACCUACACCCGAGCAUCAUUGGCGCUUUUCUGCAGCUGCUCAGCGUCGCUGCUACAAAGGGGAUCGCCGAGCUGACUGUGUACCGCACCGCCGAGGACGUCAAUGUGCAGGCCACGGCGGUACCCAGCCGCCGCGGCGACCUUGUCGGAAGCGGUGAGAUUACUAGCGCUGAUGGCGGGAGGCAAGUUUUGCAUAUGGUAGAGGCGCACAUGUCGGCUAUCGACGAGGGCGACCGGACCGAGACGGGCGGAACACCCUCGACGGCGCGCUACGUCUGGGGGCCACACAUUGACUUCCUGAAUGCGGCCGACCUCAUCGCGCCGUCCGUCAACCGUGCCCUCUACACGCCCAUACUGGACGAGCUGACGGGGCUGUGCCUCGUCUACUCGCACCGCCAGCUGGCCGACCUACAGACGGCGCUGCCCCACAUGAGCAAGUUUCGCGAGUGGCUGGGCCGCCAGCUGCAGGUCAUGGACGUGGCGGGCGUCCUGGCUAUGGACGAUACAGCCAUCUUCGACCAUGCUGUUGUGUUGGUUCAACAACUCUCGGGCACGCCGGCGUCCGAAGCCGCCAUCGGCAUCUUCACUGACGAAUGCGACCGCUCGCGCUUCCUUGGCCACCUCGCGCACACCAAGCCAAAUCUGCGCGUCCUCGAGAUCGGCGCGGGCACGGACGCGUCCACGGCCAGCCUGAUCAAGAAGAGCCUGAUCCUGCCCUCGGGGCAGGUUCUCUAUUCCAAGUACACCUUCACCGACAUUUCGUCGGGCUUCUUCGUCGCGGCCAAAGAGCGCCUCAAGGGCCUCCCCAACAUCGAGUACGCCACGCUCGACAUCAGCAAGGACCCCGACGACCAAGGCUUCGAGGGCAGUCGGUACGACCUCGUCAUCGCAACAAACGUCCUCCACGCCACCAGCACCCUCCGCGACAGCCUGCGCCACGUGCGCCACCUGCUUGCGCCCAGGGGGGGGCUCCUGCUGCAAGAGCUGUGCCCAUCGUCCAGGUGGGUCAAUUACAUCUACGGCACCCUGCCGGGCUGGUGGUGCGGUGAGCUCGACGGGCGCAUCGACGAGCCGUAUGUCGAUCCAGCGCGCUGGGAGGCCGAGAUGGUGGCGGCCGGGUUUGAGGGGCUCGACGCGGUCGUGCUCGACUCGUCGGAACCGUUCCAGCUCAACGCCAUCAUGGUGACAAAACCGGCCAGCACGCCCAAGGUGGCAGAAAAAAAGAGAAUCACGCUAUUAUCCUUGCCUGGAGACCAGGAUGACCAUAGCGCGGCCCAGCUCGAGGCGCAGCUGCGGAGCAGAGGAUACUCGGUGAACCCACGCCACCCGGGCGAGACCCUGCCCGCAGGCCAGGACGUCGGCAUCUUCACCGAGGCUGGCGCCAAGGGCGCGGGCGUGCUUUGGGUCACACGGCUCUCGCAGGCGCAGUCGCAAGACCCGCGUUGGGCGCAAACCAUUGGCACCGCCCGGACGAUUCGCUCCGAGCUCAUGGUGGACGUGGCGACACUCGAGGUGGAUGACUUUGCCGCGUCCAUAAAACAGAUCGCCGACGUGUUCGAGGCGUUCUGGGCGCGGGAACAAGACGACGGGACGCUCAGGCCCGAUUUCGAGUAUGCCAUCAUCGACGGCGUGGUCCAUGUCGGGAGACUCUAUCCGUUUGCCCCCGCAGACGAGCUCCUGGUCGAGGAUAUCAAUGACAGGUUCGUUCUCGGCACCAGCAGGCGUGGCCGCCUGGCGGCGCUGGAGUGGAGACGACGCCUGGUGCAGACCCUGAAGGCAGAUGAGGUCGAAAUCGAGACGUACGCCCUGGGCCUGAACUUCCGAGACAUUAUGAGCGCCAUGGGUCUCAUGCAAACUUCCGAGGACGGUUUCGGCCUCGAGGGAUCGGGCGUGGUGGUCCGUCUCGGACCUGGCGUGAAGGAUCUCUCGGUCGGCGACAAGGUGUUUUUCAUGGGCCGCAACUGCUGCUCCACCCACGUCACCGUACCAGAGAGCAUGUGCGAGAAGCUGGUGGACGGCCUCUCGUUUGUGGACGCUGCCACAAUGCCGACCGUCUUUAUCACGGUCCUGUAUUCGCUAUUCAACGUAGGUGGUCUGCGGAAGGGUCAGUCCAUCCUCAUCCACAGCGCCUGCGGCGGUGUCGGCAUCGCCGCCAUCCAGCUCGCUCGCAUGGCGGGAGCCGAGAUAUACACCACUGUCGGCAGCGAGGACAAGGUUCAGCACCUCAUGACGAACUUUGGCAUCCCCCGGAACCGCAUCUUCCACUCGCGAAACGCCAGCUUCGUCGAGGAUGUCAUGCGCGAGCCAGCCGGUAAGGGAGUCGACAUGGCCCUGAACUCGCUCUCCGGAGAGCUGCUGCAUGCUACCUGGCGGCGCGUUGCCGAAUUCGGCAAGAUGGUGGAGCUUGGUAAGAGAGACAUUAUCGGGGCCGCCAAGUUGGACAUGGAUGUCUUCCUGGCCAACCGAAGCUACUGCUGUGUCGACGUCGACCAGCUGUGCUUCAAGAAGCCGGAUAUGUGCAAAGAAUUGAUGCAAUCCAUCAUCGGACUCUUCCGGGACGGACAUAUCAAGCCGAUUGGGCCGACAACCGUCUUUGCGGCAUCCGCCAUAGAGGACCUUCCGCUACAUGCAGAAGGGGUCGCACAUCGGACGCUCGAGCUGGAUGGCUCGGCCUCUUACCUCCUUGCCGGCGGUCUCGGCGGGCUCGGCCGGGCGGUGUCGCGGUACAUGGUGGAGCACGGCGCUCGGCGCUUGAUCUACCUAAGCCGCAGCGGUGGUACCAAGGCAGAGGACCAGGCUCUUGUGCGCGAGCUUCAGAGCAUGGGUUGCGAGGUGCUCAUCGUCCAGGGCAGCGUCGCGGACGAGGCCGACGUCUACCGUGCGAUACAGCUGGCGCCGAACCUCAAGAGCGUCAUCAACUUAUCCAUGGCCCUCCACGACCAAGCCUUCACGCGCAUGACGGUGGAUGAAUGGAACGGCGCCGUCCGCCCCAAGGUGCAAGGCACCUGGCAUCUGCACAACGCCAGCGUCGCGGCGGGUGCUACGCUCGACUUCUUUGUCCUCUUCUCGUCGCUCUCCGGCAUCAUCGGCCAGCCGGGGCAAGCCAAUUACGCCGGCGCCAACACGUUCCUCGAUGCCUUUGUCCAGUUCCGCAAUCGGCUGGGCCUGGCGGCGUCUGCCAUUGACAUUGGGGGUGUCGAGGACGCCGGCUUCAUCUCGCAGAACGAAGAGCUGCUGCGCAAGAUCAAGACUACGAUGGCGUACAGCGUCCGCGAGGUCGAGCUGUUGGAGGCCAUGCGGGCGACCAUGAUGCUGUCGUCUCUCCCCGCGACGACAACCUCGCCGGGCCCGGUUGGUAGCGCCUUCGUGUCCCGCAACACCUUCGUCCUGGGGCUUGGCACGCACACGCCGCUGGCCGAGAGCCGAGCUAUCUGGCGCGCAGACCGCCGCAUGGCCGUUUACCACAACAGGGCCGUCAAGGGCUCCUCCGACUCGCGCGCGUCGGGCAGCAGCGACGGGCUCAAAGCGUUCCUUUCCAGUGUGCGGGCAGACUCUCGUGUGCUGAAGACGGCCGACGCGAAGCGCACGCUGUCGCUGGAAAUUGGCAAGCGCGUAUUCGACCUCCUGCUGCGGCCAGCGGACGACUUGGAGGCGUCCAUGGCCGUGCCUCUGGCUCAUCUCGGUAUGGACUCGCUUGUCGCUAUUGAGAUGCGUACCUGGUGGCGCCAGGCGCUAGGCUUCGACAUUACCGUGCUCGAAAUGCUAGGUUUGGGCUCACUGGGCGCGCUUGGCACCCAUGCCGUAGAAGGGCUGCUUCGAGCUGCCGAGAGGAAUGGGGCGUAAUUGAGUGGAUUUGCCACGCUGGUUGACGCAGUAGCUACAACGGCGGCAUUGGAAGUUACAAAGUGUAAAAUCAUUGAUGGUCACAGUUGAGUGCGGGUGACGGGAUUAAUGAGGUACAAUCGGAGAUGUAUGGUAUAGAUAAGAAAUACUGCUGGACAUGGCAGAGUCAACGGAGGAAGCUGGUGAUCAUCUCACAAGCAGGGCUUUUGAACCCAGGGACCUCCAACAACCUUGCAAUGCCUGAUUGAUCGUGUUUUCGUCCCACUUGUCAAAUUGACCUCCCAAUCAGUGCCUGUGGCGUCCGAAAACGGGUUUAGACCCGGAAUAUGGUUUCCGCGAUCCGGCUUGCUGGGCUGUGCUAUCACAAUAGAGAACUCUCUACGGAUCCGUACAUUUGCGGUAUAUAGAGUAACGUACAUGAUAAGCGAGCGGAGACAGGUUCCUUUCCCUGAC